CGCUGGAAGCAAAUUUCUACUUUUCCCUUCUUAAAAUCGUCUAUGGCGUUUCUCAGUGACAGUUGCAGGAGGUAGCAUACACAGUGCCUGCUGUGCAUCAUCAAAAGGGUCUUAGAAUCGGCCAGUAGAGAGGGAGGAAUGGAGGAGCGCCGGAAAGAUCUGCCCUCGCUCGUGUUCAGAUGGGACAUGUUUCUGAGUUUCGGCAAAGACACUCGAGACAACUUCACCCGCCGUUUAUACGAGGAGCUUUUGCGGAACAACGUCCGGACGUUUCUGGACGAUGAGGGUUUGAAGGGAGGAGACGAACUCGCCCCGGGCCUGUCGGCGGCGAUCGACGAAUCGGCAGCAUACGUUGCAGUUAUUUCGGAAAACUACGCGUGCUCGAGGUGUCUGGAAGAAUUGGCCCAGAUCUUGGAACGCAAGCGCCGGUUGCUUCCGGUGUUCUACAACGUGGAUCCUUCUAACGUCCGCCGGCAGGAGGGUCCCUUCGAAAAUCCCUUCAGAUACCUUGAGACACGUCAUGGCGUAGACAAGGUCCAGAGAUGGAGAAAAGCUUUGGAAAAAUCUGGUGGCAAGAAGGGUUGGGAUUCCAUGAACUGGAAGGACAACUCGCAGUUGAUACAAGAUAUAAUUAAGAAUAUUUUGCGUGAAGUGAAUAACACUCCCUUAGGUGUGGCUAAACAUCCUGUGGGAAUCAAAUUUCGUGUUGAAGAGCUGAUGAAAUUGUUAGAUGUUAAAUCCAAUGAGGUUCAAGUCAUAGGAUUUCAAGGGAUGGGGGGUAUUGGCAAGACCACCCUUGCUAAGGCUGUUUACAAUAAGAUUGCUUCUGAAUUUGAACACCGAAGCUUUAUUUUUGAUAUCAGGGAAACUUCGAGCCAACAUAAAGGUUUAAUUUCCCUUCAAAAGCAACUUAUCCAUGAUCUUUUCAGUGAAAAAUUCCUUGCAAAUGAGGUUAGUGAAGGUAUCAUUAAGAUCAGAGAAAGAGUUAACGAAAAGCGAGUUCUUAUUGUUUUAGAUGAUGUCGAUGAUGCAAGCCAACUUGAUGCGGUAGCUGGUGCAAGGGAUUGGUUUUUUGAUGGAAGUAUAAUCAUUAUCACCACAAGAGACAAGAAAGUUUUAAGGAAACCAUUUGUUAAUGAAAUCUAUGAGGUGAAAGAGCUUAGUUCCAUUGAAUCGCUUCAACUCUUCAGUCAUCAUGCAUUUGGUAAGGGAAAACCUGCAGAUAAUUUCUUGCAUCUCUCUGAGCAAGUUGUGUCCCUCACAGGAGGACUACCUUUGGCUCUAGAAGUAUUUGGAGCUUUGCUGUUCAAUAAGAAAAAGGAAAUGGAGUGGGUAGAAGCACUGGAGAAGUUGAGAAAGAUUCAGCCCGGUAAUCUUCAAGAAGUUUUGAUGAUAAGUUACAAUGUUCUAGAUGAAGAAGAGAAGUGUGUAUUUCUUGACAUCGCUUGUCUCUUUGUCAAAAUAAGGAUGGAUAGAGAAAGCGCCAUUGAUAUAUUUAAGGGCUGUGGUUUCAAUGCGGAGAUGGUGAUCAAAGACCUUACAGAAAAAUCUCUCAUUAAGAUUGGGUAUGACAAUACCUUAUGGAUGCAUGAUCAACUUAGAGACAUGGGACAGAUGAUUGUUCGAAAAGAAAACCUUAUAGAUCCCAGCAAGCAUAGUAGAUUGUGGGAUCAACAUGAAAUAAUGGAUGUUCUGAAUUUUAGGAAGGGAACAGGUGAGACUCAAGCUAUAAUCCUUGAUUUUGAAGAUCAUAAGAGGAUUUUAGAGUCAAAGGUUUUAGAGUCAAAAAGACCAUCUACAAUCAGCAACUGGAGUCCCAUUUCAUACUUGAAUGAAAAUUUCAAGAAUGCAUUUUAUUUUAAAGCUGAAGAAGAUAACGAUCAGGUCAAAUUGUGCACCAAAAUGUUUCAGCCAAUGAUCAAUUUGAGACUACUUCAAAUCAAUCAUGUGAACUUGGAGGGAGACUUUAAGCAUAUGCCUGCUAAUCUGAAAUGGCUACAAUGGAAAGGGUGCCCUUUGGAAGCUCUUCCUUCUGAUUUUUGCCCGUGGAAACUUGCUGUCAUUGAUCUCUCAGAGAGUAAGAUUAAACAAGUAUGGAAGCAAAGAUCGUGGAAAGGUCAGUUCAAGGUGAGUUCUCACCGACCCCAGUUAGCUACAUUGAUCAACUUGUCAACUUGA